GGUCCCCGGUGCAUCACUAAAGGAGAAAUUUCAAGAAGAAAUUAGAACUUCCGUUUCCGACUUGUAUACUCUGACAAAAUGUUUGUUUUUAGUUAGUUAAGUAUCUUAUUUAAUUGUUAUUUCUAUUUUGAUUGUGAAAAUGCCGCCAACAAUUCAAACGGGUCUAAGAGAUGACCGAGAUAAAAGGAGCAGACCGGGAGAGAAAAGAUCCGAGCUGAUUGCACGAGUGAAAUACAGCAACACACUGCCAGAUAUUCCAUUUGAUCCCAAGUUCAUCACCUAUCCAUUUGAAUCAAACAGAUUUAUUCAGUACAAACCUACAUCAUUGGAAAGGUCAUACAAAUAUGACCUCUUGACAGAGCCUGACCUCGGUGUCACUAUUGACCUCAUUAACCCUGAUACAUACAAGAUUGAUCUGAAUGCAUAUCCAGAUCCUGAGGAUGAGAAACUGCUUGAAGAAGACCACAGCACACCGCAGGAUUCCAUAAGAUCCCGCCACCACAGGGCUAAUGUGUCCUGGCUGAGAAAAACCGAGUAUAUUUCCACUGAAUACAACAGGUUCCAGCAGAAAUCUGACCGCACUGAGAUCAAAGUUGGCUUUAAGAUGAAGCAGAAUAUGAAAGAAGAAGAUGUCUACAAGGACCGAGACACACAGAUCUGUGCAAUCGAGAACACAUUCAAAAAGGCUGACAUCCAAAUCAUGAAACACUACAGUAAGCAAAAUGUCACACCAGUUGAAGUGUUGCCUUUGUUUCCUGACUUUGAGCUGUGGAAGCAUCCAUUUGCCCAAGUUUUGUUUGAUUCUGAUCCAGCCCCUAAGGGAAGACCUUUGCCAGCUCAGCAUGAGGAAAUGUCACAAGCUAUGAUUCGAGGUGCAGUUGAUGAAAGUGGAGAACAGUUUGUGGCAUAUUUCCUGCCGACUGAUGAAACUCUCGGCAAGAGGAAACGAGAUACAGAGGAAGACGUUGAUUAUGUCCCAGAUGAAGAGUAUGAUUAUAUGUUGGCAAGGGAGUAUAACUGGAAUGUAAAGAACAAACUUUCCAAAGGAUAUGAAGAGACAUAUUUCUUUGUGAUUCGAGACAAAGGUGUUUACUAUGAUGAACUGGAAACAAGAGUGCGUCUAAGCAAAAGAAGAAAGACAGGAGGCGGUCAAGUAGCUAAAUCGAGACUGGUGAUAAAGCACCGUGAUCUCAAUGAGAAGGAGAUCAGUGCACAGGAUGCUCGUCUAAUGAUGCUGGAACCUACACAAGAAGAAGAGGAAGAAGAAAUGCAGUUUGACAACAUUGCUUCAGACCAAGAAUUCAAGACCCCUAGCGACAAGGGUGAUAAGAGUGACCAGGAGGAUGACCAGGCCAGCGUGAAGUCUGGAGCGAGUGGUCGCAGUCGAAGCCGUUCACGCAGCAGAAGUAGAUCACGCAGUCGGAGUCGCUCAACAAGUGGAAGCCGUUCUCCUAGUCGGAGUCGGAGUCGAAGUCGGAGUCGGAGUCGGAGUGGCAGCAGAAGCAGAAGUGGCAGUAGGAGUCGAAGCAGCAGUGGCAGUGAGAAGGGCAGUGGGAAGGAAGACAGUGGCAGUGAGAGUGAGGCAGAAGACAAGGAACGUAAGAAGGAAGAAGAGGAGAUCUUCGGAGCGGCUAGCAGUUCUGAUAGUGAUUGAACAAACCAAACUCUGCAAAUGCAAUAAAACUGGUUUACCCUCCAUUGGCCAGUGUUCACAACUGCUGUUAUUAGGGAAAUGUAAAUGAAAGUGCUUGGAUUUGUGGAUGUUAAUUUAGCAAGUGUAAGUAGACACAUAAAAGUGAAGCAGAAUAUAUUGCAUAUGUUUGGAAAUUCAUGGUUUUAUCUGAGAAAAAAUAAACCAAAUUAAAUGCACAAAGAUAGUUAACAUAUUUCAGUAAUUUAGAGAUGAAAUGGGUGGGUUUAGUGGAUACUAUUACUGUGUUUCGUUGUUAACUAUUAAAUCUUUAUAGUUAACAACCAAACACAGUGAUAUUAUCCAUGUUCUAAUACUACACCUAGAGUAUAUGAGUAUCUGUAAAAAAUGUUAUUAUGUUUUAUGAAAAACCUAAUUAUCUAUUCUCCUUACUCAGUGAAAACGCUUAUAGUAAGUAACAGUAUGACAUCAUAUUUCUUCUUUCUCUUGACUUGAGAGUGAAGCAAAUGGCAAAUUUAUCAGUAUUUGUAGUCUAUUUUGAACAUGAUUUAUUGUAAUACAAGAUACACACACACACAAAAUGGUUUGCUGUUAAUAUUUUUGUGGCAAUACGUAUGGAUAAGAUUGUAGUUUAUAUUUGUGAAGCGGUGUUUCAACUUCAUGUUGACUUUUACUAACAUAUUUUCACAUAAAUAAAAUAAUAUUAAUUUACGAAAGGGCAAGUAUCAUUUGUGUAAGUUUUUAAACAUUUUGCAAUAUUUUAAAGCAGUUAAUAAUUUAAAAUUGCGUUUAAAAAAUUGAUAAGCAAUUCCAUCUUGUCUUUACAAUUUGAUUGUCCCAAAAAGUAUGUUCUAUUACAAAACUGGUGGAAAUUUUGACCUGGGACAAGGCUUGAUUCAAAAUUUCUAUCACUGAGGGUGUACUUUUUCUAUCCCACAUGACCAUAUGAUGCAGUGUUUCUCUCAUCCAUUCGGUAAAUAAUCUCUUAUUUUACAUGAACAGAAAUGUUUGAAAAUGUAACUUUUUCAUUAGACUAUUUUAUCAUAAAUAAACUACACUAUUAUAUUUGCUGUGUUUGUUUCAUGUGUUAAAUAUAAUAUAACACCACAAAUUAACAAGACAGCUUUUAUAAUGAAGGUUUUAAUAACACAAUAUCAAUCUAAAACUUGUGUGGUGACCUUAGAUCACGAACUUGCAUUAAUAUCACUUUUUAUAUUACCAAAGUCGUCAUACUUGUUAGUUGCAAUCAUGCCCACGACAGAUUUAGAGAAUACUCGACAAGCUACUAGGCAAUACCAUUUAUCUUGCACUCAUGAAUUGAUGUUGUCCUUUCCAAGCCUGUGUAAGAUAAACGGUAUUGCCGAGUAGCGAGUUGGGUAUUAUAUUUAUUACCCAUUAUAAUACCAAUUUUAUCAUUUUAUUGAAGAUUUUCAAACAAUACUGUUAUUGAAAAUAAGUUUGCAAGUUGAGAACAAGAGAUAGCAUUGUGUCAUGGCUGUGAAGUACAUAUCGCUGAUGGCGUAAGUUAGUUGUUGACAUGACUGCCACCAUGACACUCGAUUAACCACUGCACGCAUUAAAUUGAUCAGCCUAUAGUGAAGCACUGAUUAUGACAUCAAAACUUAGGGGACGAUUUUUUUUUUCUUUCCUUUGUGAAAGAUCAUUCUUCUUUCCUUACUGCUCUCUGCCCAUAUGGGUAACUAUCUUUCAUGGGAUAGCUCUGUCCUAUAUACCUAAGGAUGAGAGAAAAAGUCAUCUUGCAGUCUUUAGCAUACACCGGCAACCCUGGCCUGUGGCCGUCUACAUGCAGUUGAUUUAGGAACACGAGUGAUUGUUAACGUUAUGAAGUUUCUUAAAUCUGGAGCUACUUUAUGUUGCACUCUAGGUCAUCAGGCUCCAUCUAUUCAGCGAAAUGGUGGUCUUUUCUUUUUCUUUUUUGCCUAAAAUCGUCUCAAGUCACCGAGUUACUAAUUAGUAAUGAGACGUCCAAGUUGCCAUAAUGGACAAAUUCCAAUUCCAGAAACGAACAUUUGACAUUAAGACACCAUCUUGUUUAGUAUUAUAGUGUCGAUCCAUGUCGUCAAAGAAAUAACAGGUUUAACUGUAUAACCACUUGACAUCGUGAAACCAUUGCUCACAAAUGUGUGGACUUACGUGGUGUACUUUAUUCCUCUCCUUGUAAUAAAGCUAUGGCUGCUACUUCUCAAUUUAUUACAUGUGUAAAAUUUGUAUGAUUUUCUUACAAUGAGCCAACACUGUAUACAUGUCCAUCUCUGUCAUGUUAAUGGUUUUCACCUUCAUUUGCAUCAUCACUAAUGUUGAAUGUCUGUAAAAUAACAUUAAUUUCAGCAUGUUCAUUGUUGCAUCACAAUAUGGUGUAAAUAUUAAUAAAAUAAAAAACUUUAAAUGU